CUGAUUCCAUGUCGUAGUUCCUUUUCCUGCCACUAGAGUUUCGCUUGCGUCCAUUUUGGGAAUUCUCUUGUGAACCGGUGCAGAUUUCAACAACUUUUACUAAAUAAAAAUGGCAAAGGCUCUGACUGGUUUGGCCGCUAAAGCUCCAGGAUUGAUCAAAGGUGUUGUUGAUUAUUCAACUCCCAAAUUGAACACCUUCUGGCAUUAUGCUCGUGUUGAGUUGACUCCUCCUUCCCCUGCCGAUAUUCCUAAAAUCACACAAGGACUUAACAGCCUUGUUAAGUCUGCCAGGACUGGUAAAUGGAAGGAGGUCCCAGUGAAGGAAGCUUGGUUAAACACAUUGAUCACCGCAGAAAUUGCUUUCUGGUUCUUCGUUGGCGAGUGCAUUGGCAAAGGAAGCAUUGUGGGAUACCAAGUUUAAACAUGAGCUCACUUCAAUGCAGAUUUUGUUUGUAGAUAAGUUGCAGUAAGCAAACACCAAUAAAGAAUUUAACACCAA